UAAAGAACUGUGAAUGGAUAAGCCAUGCAAGGUCCCGAAGACACCUUGUGCCAUUUUCGAAUAUAUUUUCUUCCCAAGAAGUUGAGGUUUAGACUUCUCUGAGAGGUUACAGAACAAAAAGCUUCUGCAAAAUUCCACUCCAUUCCUUCCUAACGACCUUCAUUCACUCUCUCACUGCAACUACGCAUCACAAUCCUCUCUCUACAAAUGCUAGCACAUCCUUCUCUUUCUCAUUCAUCGUUUCUCGCCACUCAUAAACUCCAAUCCCCUUCUUUACUAUGUCCCAAACAAUGCAAUUCCUCUUCUCCUUGCUGGUUUCUUCCCCUUUCCCCUCAACCCCACCAAAUUUCUGGGACCCAUAGGUCCGGCAUAUGUGCUGCCACCACCGCCGGUGGUGGUGGGGAUCUUGAGGUCGAUACCUUCACGGCCAAGUCCGGUUAUCUCUUCGAGCUCAGUGACUCUGAGGCCGACUCUCUGGCUGAAUACAACAUAUCUAAGAUCGCUGCCAUUUAUAGAAGAAAGCCUUUGAUUGUUUUUCGCCGGUUGUUUCAGAUAGGAACUGCUUUUGGCAAGUGGUUUGGCCUCCGUUUCAUUGACAGUCUGAAGGAGCGGUCUGAUGAAAUGUUUGAGGUUAGAGCUGCAGAACUCAGGAAGAUAUUGGUGGAACUUGGACCGGCAUAUAUUAAAAUUGCCCAGGCUGUAUCAACUCGUCCAGAUUUGAUACCACCGUCGUAUUUGGAUGAACUUUCAUUGUUGCAAGAUCGAAUAAGCCCAUUUUCUACAGAAGUUGCUUUCAGUAUGAUAGAACAAGAACUUGGUUUACCUAUUGAUGAACUUUUUUCAGAGAUUUCACCUAUGCCUGUAGCUGCAGCAUCCCUGGGGCAGGUUUAUCAAGCCAGGCUUCGCCAAAGGGGACAGGUUGUUGCUGUUAAAGUCCAAAGACCAGGAGUCCAAGCUGCAAUUUCCCUUGACAUGUUAAUAUUACGUGCCUUGGCAGGCUUUAUUAGGAGAGCUGGCAAAUUUAAUACUGAUCUUCAGGCUGUUGUUGAUGAGUGGGCAUCAAGUCUUUUUCGGGAGAUGGACUAUAAGAAUGAAGCUAGCAAUGGUCUCAAGUUUAGGAAGUUAUAUGGCUCUAUACAAGAUGUAGUGGUUCCCUUAAUGUAUAUGGAGUAUACAACUCGCAAGGUCUUAGUCAUGGAAUGGAUUGAGGGGCGGAAAUUAUCAGAAGUGAAGGAUCUCUACUUGAUUGAGGUCGGAGUUUACUGCUCAUUCAAUCAACUUCUUGAGUAUGGAUUCUAUCAUGCAGAUCCACACCCUGGCAAUCUUCUCCGUACAUAUGAUGGAAAACUAGCUUAUUUAGAUUUUGGUAUGACUGGUGAAUUUAAGCAAGAACUGCGUGAGGGUUUCAUUGAAGCUUGUCUCCAUCUUGUAAAUCGUGAUUUUGAUGCAUUGGCUAAGGACUUUGUCACUCUUGGGCUUCUACCCCCAACUUCUGAGAGAGAAGCUGUUACGAAGGCCUUGACAGGUGUCUUCCAAAAUGCUGUUGCCAAAGGAGUUCGCAAUAUUAGCUUUGGAGAUCUUUUAGGAAACUUAGGAACCACAAUGUAUAAAUUCAAAUUCAGGAUACCUUCAUACUUCUCACUUGUUAUCCGAAGCCUUGCUGUACUCGAAGGCAUUGCUGUUAGCUUUAAUCCUGAGUACAAAGUUCUGGGUAGUACUUACCCUUUUAUUGCUAAAAAAGUACUUACUGACAGCUCUCCUCAGCUUCAAUCUUCCUUGCAGACUCUUCUUUACAAGGAUGGCAUGUUCAGAAUAGAUCGUCUAGAGUCUUUGGUAACAGAGUCUCUCCGUGCCAAAACAGAAAGGGGCAAAAGUGACAACAGUGAUUCAAGGAUGAUUAUAAAGGAAGUCCUUUCUUUUACACUAACUGAAAAGGGUGCAUUUGUGAGGGAAAUCAUUCUUCAGGAAUUUGCUAAGGGUUUAGAUGCACUUGGGCUAGCAACCUUGGAUUCUAUAACUACAAGAGUUGCUGCAAAUAUACCGUUCAGUGCUCUCUUUACAUACCCUUUAAUGACUGACGAAGACAUGAACAACCUCAGAACCUUCCAACGCCUAGUGCUAUUGAUUUUGGGAAGUGGUAGAGGUGAAGACACUAAUACGGGUGGCAAACAGGUCCAGGUUAGUCCGUACAAGAACCAGCAGGAGCAAGUAUCGCUAGUAUUAAGUCGACUUGAAUCAGUUCAAGAGAUUCUUCCUGUUCUUUCUAUCAUACCAGAGCUUCCAACAGAAUCUCAGCGACAGUUGCUUCAGUUGCCAGCUGACCUGGCUCAACGGCUGUUAUCCCGUGCUGCAGCAAGAACAAUAAGAAGAGUUCUGUUAUGACUGGUUUUAAAUUCACGUCAGAUAAAGGAUUUAUGGAGCAUCUGAACUUGUCUGUCUCCAUGGUUUCGUGAAGUCAACAGAGAGGUUAGGAAAAGUAAGUAGGACUUGUGACUGAAUAUGGACGGUGAGUGCUAUAAAGAACAUUGUCAAGUCAGCUGAAGAUUUUCUGCUUCAAGGCUUACAAGAUGUCUAAUGCCUCAGCUUUUCAUGUCAAGAUUUCAAGGCUAAAGAUUUUGAUGCAUAAAUAGCGAAUUCACUUUAUAUACAUGUAAAUUCCAUUGGGUAUUGAAUUUUUAUUCAUUGAUAACCUGUAUUGGCCUUGUCAACAGCAUGUAUCCUGAGAAUUAGAAAUGAAGCAAACUGUGUUUUAAUUUA